ACCAAACACCAGUCCCCAGCUCUCCCCACUCCCCUCGCCGGCCGCCGCCGCAAUGCUUCGCCUCCAAAAACAUCUCCUUCCGGAUCUUCUCCUCCACCGCUCCGCCUCCCCCAUACACCUAUCCCUCCAGCGCGCCCUCCUGUCCAUCGCCGCCGCGACCUCCUCCUCCCCGGGCCACUUCUCCGCGGAGGACUACCUCGUCACCACCUGCGGCCUCACCCGGGAGGAAGCCGCAAAGGCCGCCAAAUGCUUCUCCCACUGGAAAUCCCCCGCCAAGGCCGACGCCGUGCUCGCUUUCCUCACCGGCCCGGCGCUCGGUCUCUCCAAGGCGGACAUCGCGCUCCUCGUGGCCAAAGACCCGCGCAUCCUCAACAGCAGCGUCGACAAGAACCUGCGGGCCCGCUUGGAUGGCUUCCGCAGCCAUGGCUUCUCCACCGCGCAGAUCCGCAGCUUCGUCCGCGCGGCCCCCUGCUUCUUCCGCAUCUUCAACAUCGACGAGAAGCUCGGCUUCUGGAUGCCUUUGUUCUCGCCCGACAAGUUCCUCCGCAUCGUCAAGCGUAACUACUACCUCGUCUCCUCCGACCUCGACAAGGUGGUCAAGACCAACAUCCGGCUGCUGCAGGAGCGCGGGCUAUCUGUUCAGGACAUUGACCGUAUGUGCGUGGCCAACCCGAGGCUGCUCACCUGCAACCCGGACGUCACCAGGGCCGUCCUCGUGCGCGCCGACGAGCUUGGCGUGCCUCGCAACUCCCUUAUGUUCAGGCAGGCGGUGAACAGCGUGGCGGGCCUCGGCCCAGAGACGAUGGCCUCUAAGCUCAAGAUGAUUGGCAAGACGCUCGGGUGCUCCGAUGCUGAGGUUGCCAGAAUGGUGCGGAUGUCCCCGCAGCUGUUGAGGUGUUCCAGGGAGAAGGUUCAGCGUGUGUACGAGUUCUUAACCAAGAUGGUCGGAGUCGAUGCCAAGUACAUCCAGGGCAGGCCCACGAUCCUAAUGUACAGCCAGGAGCGCCGGCUGGCGCCCAGGAAUUACGUGAUGAAGGUGCUCCAGGAGAAAGGAUUGAUGCGGAAAGAUCUGAGCUUCUACUCAAUCAUUACAAUUAGUGACAAGUUGUUCUACUCCAGGUAUAUACAAGCUCAUAAGGAUGUUCUUCCUGGCCUUGCGAAUGCAUAUGCAUCGGCUUGCAAAGGGAAAAUGCCCUCCUGAUGCUUGCUAUCAAGGAUGAUGUUCGUUUGUUCCAAUGCUUUGAAUCUUUGCUGACAAACUAUAGGAGAUUCUCUGUUUGUUCUAUAUAUGGGCAGCACCAGCAAUUGUGUUUCAUCCUUAGCACAUUCAGAUACCCUGUCUGCAACUCUGUACUUGGCCACUAGCAUCAGAACUGCUGAAACUCAUUAUGUUAACCUUACUAACUUAUGAUGAGCCAAGCAUUAUGCUGUUUUUUUCAUCUACCUAGGUUUGGAUUCUGAAAUGAAUGUCACGUUUGAACUCAUGUAGUGGUUUGCAGGGGACAACAUAAUGUAUUUAUCAUUUGUUAGGGGGUUUUCUUAAUAGUUAUUUGCAUUAUGCUGUUUUUUUCAUGUACCUAGGUUUGGAUUCUGAAAUGAAUGUCACGUUUGAACUCA